UCCCUGCACUUUUGAAUUUCGCCUCAUCACUUGUCAGCCCUUCCAACUUCCUAACUUUCACCAUUAUUUAUUUCCUUCAUGCACAACAUAAAAGGUUACGACAACCUGUAAAUCCAGGUUUCUGUCUAGAUGACUGUACUUUAUUAAUUCUCAAAAUGGUGUCUGAUGAGUGGAGUGAUCCUGAAUACGAUAUCCCUCUUCAAGAUAAGCGACCGUUUGGAUCAGGACUAAAGCGAAAACGGGUCGUUUUCGUACCUGCUUCUUCAGGCAACCUCAACACUACAGAAGAGAACACAUCCACGAAACCUUCCAAAUCUGUAGCUGAUUUAUACCUGAGUAUUGUAUUGCCUAAGGAAAAGGAGGUUAGCCAAUCAACCUCAAAGGAGAGUUCAGAUGUUGCUACAACCCCUCGAACCUGUGAAAUCUGUCGGUUACCUUUGGAGGAACCUCUAGAAGAGGGCCCCGACUCCGAUAGAAAAGCGAAGACGAGCUCUCGGCCACAUGAAGCUUCGAUAGCACAUCAGGUAUGCCUAACUCAUUCGCAUCCGCCUUCGGCACUAGACCGGUCGCGAAUGGGGUUGAAUAUCCUUCAAUCUCAAGGCUGGGAUCCAGACUCACGAAAGGGACUGGGCGUUGAACAACAGGGUGUGCAAUAUCCCAUCAAAGUAAAACCAAAGAACGAUACCCUAGGGAUAGGAGUCCAAGUGCCAAAGAACCUACCGCCCAAGAAGGAGAAGGCGAAGACUUAUGACGCGAAAAAGGUGCGGAAGAUGGCCUUGGAGGAUAAGAAACGGCAUGAAAAACUCCGGCGGCAGCUUUACAGCAAUUCGGAUGUGGAGAAAUACUUGGGGACCGGAUAAAACACACCGCACGUCUUUGGUCACAUAUUAUAUAUGGGACUAUUUAAUCAUAUGAGAUACCCCUUUUCCAGACUGUCGAUAGACUUGAGUCUGAUUACUCUAUAAACUCUAUAAUAUAAUACAUAUUAGUUAACUUAA